GGGUUUUUAAGAUUAGGAUGCCAAAGCUCACUCUCUUCACUUGUCUCAUUUUCUCUUCAGCCGCAGUGGCUAGGGUUUUCCACAUAUUAACUCUCUCACAAUAAUUUUCUCUCUCGUUUCUCCCCAUUUUCUCUCCCACCGAACACUCUCUUCAUUCGGCUAUGGCGUCCAGCAAUCAAUAGAGCGGUCUAUACUGUUCCAGAGGCUCUUUAAUUUGAUUGGUGAAGGGAGGGUUUCGCGAAGUAAUCGGAAGAACAGAAAUGGCGACCAUGAACCCCUUCGAUCUCCUCGGAGACGACGAUAACGACGAUCCUUCGUUGCUCAUCGCUAAGGCCGAGAAGGAGAAGCCUAAGGUUGCUGCCACUCCUGCUGCUGCUCAAGCUCCGCAAGGCAAGCUCGUUAAUAAGCCGCUUGCCCCUGCUCAAGCUGUGAGGGAAUCAAGAAAUGAAGGUGGGCGAGGAGGAGGAAGUCGUGGUGCUGGAACGCGCUCUGGCCGUGGAGGUCGAAGCGGUGGCGGUGGUUUCAACCGGGAGCCUAACAACUACGAUGCUGGUUUUGGGAACAGCAAGCCAUCUGAAGAUGGCGAGUCAGGGAGGACAUCUGAGAGGCGUAACUAUGGUGGUCCUCGUCCUGGUGGUAGCGGUGCUUUCCGUGGAGGCCGCCGAGGUGGCUACAGCAAUGGGGAAGCUGGUGAGGGUGAGCGCCCCAGAAGGCCUUAUGAGCGUCGCAGUGGAACUGGCCGUGGGAGCGAGAUGAAGCGUGAAGGGUCCGGUCGUCGAAACUGGGGGACUGCUUCAGAUGAUAUUGCACCUGGGACUGAGGAACCUGUGGUUGAGAAUGAGGCGAAUGCCACUGCUGAGAAGAAACCUGCAGAGGAAGAGGCUGCUGAUGCCAACAAGGACAGUCCUGCAAAUGAAACCGAGGAGAAAGAGCCUGAGGAGGAUAAGGAGAUGACUCUGGAGGAGUAUGAGAAGGUUCUUGAGGAGAAGAGAAAGGCUUUGCUUGCUCUGAAGACCGAGGAAAGGAAGGUUGAUGCUAAAGAAUUCGAGUCCAUGCAACAGCUGUCCUGCAAGAAGGAAAAUGUUGAAAUCUUUGCCAAGCUGGGUUCUGAGAAAGACAAGAAGAAAGAAACUGCUGCUGAAAGGGAAGAGAGGGUUAAGAAGUCUGUGAGCAUAAACGAGUUCCUGAAGCCAGCUGAAGGCGAUAACCCCUACAGAGGUGGUGGUCGUGGCAGGGGACGUGGGCGUGGUGAUCGUGGUGGUAGAACCGGCGGAGGAUAUGGAGGAGGCUACAACAGUCGCGACGUGUCAGCCCCAUCCAUUGAGGACCCAGGGCAGUUCCCGUCGCUGGGCGGCAAGUGAGGUUUUGCUGCAAGAAGAGAAGUCCGGUGUAGUCGAAGGGGGAUUGGUUUGUUAUCAUCAGGAGUCGCGCGCUCAAGAACAGAACGCAUAUUUUAAAUUCAACUCUUGUUUUAGUUUUAAUUUGGGUGUAAAUUUUAGAUAUGCCUGUCUUGGGUCUAUCUUCUGCCAGUGAUUCCUUUGCUGCAACUUUGGAUAAGCAUGAUACUCUUGUCGUCGCUUUUCUUUUUCAUUAUGUCCCCCCUUUUGUUAUAUUUUUGGUUAAAACAGGUAAGUUUAGGAGAGUCUUUGAGUCAUUUUGUCUUUUGGAACUUGGAUGGUUAGCAUUUAGAAUCAGUUUUGUUUUGUCAAUUUUAGGGAUUUGUAGUUGUACUACUUGCCAUUUUCGUUUUGGUCUCUUAGCUAUAUUUCCUUUCUGUGUUUCUCUUGAUAUUUUGUUGUGUUGAGCACUUCCAUCUCUUAUCCUUGAUUGAUUUGGGUCUCCUCAACUGCGCUUAGGUCUGCCCUAUAGAAGCAGGUUUCUCUGUUUGGGCCAUGGUCGAGUGGCUAGGUUCUUAACCUAGGUACAGACACCAAUGUGUCUCACCACUUGGUUCUUUUCCUUCGGGACGGCCUUUGUAGUAUGUGCUAUGGACCUUGGUGUGUUUUCCGUUAUCUCGAUGAGUUACAGUUUUA